GCUGCGUGGUUUCUGAAGAGGGUCGACGCUAUAAAAUCCCACUCCAGGCUCUGGUGUGGAGAAACUCAGAGCCCAAAUCGGGUGAGAGACUGGAGAGAAGGAGAAGAGAAGAAAAAGAGAGUGAAGACAGAAAGGAGAAGAGAAGAAAACCCUUGAAAAAGCCCCGGAGACUUUCCUCUGCAGAGAGGCGGCAGCGCCCCACUCACCUGCAGAAGCACCUCAGAAGCGAGCGCCCCUAACAUGCGGCUGCCGCUUCUCUUGUCCGCGGGCGUCCUGCUGGUGGCUUUCCUGCCCUGCCCGCCAUGCAGGGCCCUCCUCAGCCGGGGACCCAUCCCGGGCGCCCGGCAGGCCCCUCAGCAGCCCCAGCCCCUGGAUUUCUCCCAGCUGCCGCCGCAGCCCCAGCAGCCCCAACAGCCACAGGCUCGGCCCAUCCUGCUCCGCAUGGGAGAGGAAUAUUUCCUCCGCCUGGGUAACCUCAACAAGAGCCCCGCUGCUCCCCUCUUGCCCGCCUCUUCACCUGUCUCUGGCGGCAGCAGCAGCCGCCUUUCACCGGACGAAGCGGCCGCCAACUUUUUCCGAGCGUUGCUGCAGCAGCUGCCGCUGCCCCGGCGCCCGCUCCCGCUCGACAGCCCCGCAGGUCCGGCUGAGCACGAAGCCGAGAACGCCCUCGGCAGCCGCCAGGAGACACUCGAGAGGCAGAGGCGAUCCGACGAACCUCCCAUCUCGCUGGAUCUCACCUUCCACCUCCUCCGACAAGUCUUGGAAAUGGCCAGGGCUGAGCAGUUAGCGCAGCAAGCUCACAGCAACAGGAAACUGAUGGAGAUUAUUGGGAAAUAAAACUGUGCGUUUGGCCGAAAGGAUGCAGUAUUUAGCACGCAAAAAAAUAAUAGAAAAAAUCAAAUACAGUAUUCUGUACCAUAGCGUUGCUCUGAUCCCAUUUGUUUAUUUUUUUUUUUAUAGCUUGAAGCCUAGACGAUGUAUAGCAAGAGAGUCUAUACUCCUUAAUUAGCAUGCACAAAGUGUAUUCACACACAGUAACAGCAGCAAAAUGUUAUUUGUAUUGUCUACUUUUAGUUUCCAUUUCCAGGUGUCUUUAAUGGUGUUUAGAAAGUAUGGACCCAGAAUGAAAUGUUUUGAAGCAGGCAGAAGUCACUCAAUUUAUUUUGUUGUGGUCUGAGCCAAAGAGAGUGUCAUUCUCUUGGAUAGGUGAAACAAAAUCUGUAAGCUCUUUGAAUCAACCUUUCCUUGUAAACGUUUCAGUAAUAAAAACAUCUUACCAAUCAUUGGUCAAUUUGGUUGUGUAAGAGAAUGUCGAAUAUUUAUAUUUUUAAUAAAAGCUGCAAAGGUAA